AUGGGUACGAGUACGAGAGUCGGUAUGGGGAUAAAUCCAGGAAUGAGGAUAUCUCUCAGAAGACAAACGAAAAAUCACCUCACGUGUAAUUUUCGAGGUGGAAAUCAUGCGGUUUUGAGUACGGGUAUGAGAUCUGCAAAUUCCGGGUGUACCUUCUUGCGAUCCAGAGGUUUCUCUACACGAUCUUCCCUCCUCUCUGAUUCUGCAUCUGCAUCUGCACCUGGAUCGUCAUCAGUUUUCUCGAAAAUUACUAAUGCGCCGACGAUAAAACCAUCGGUGUUGGCGAAUAAAACGAUUCUUGUAACGGGUGCUUCGAGGGGGAUUGGAAGGGCUAUUGCGUUGAGGUUUGCGUGGGAGGGGGGGAGAUUGGUUUUGGUGGGGAGGAAUAGGGAGGGAGUUGGAGAGGUUGGGGGUGGAGAUUGGGGAGAUGUGGGGAAGAGGGAAUUUUGGGAAGAGGAGUUUGGGAGGGGGAAGAGGGCGGAUGGACAGCCCAAGCCCAAAAUCGACAUCCUCAUCAACGCAGCAGGUCUAACGCAUGCCUCCCCACUCAUAACCACUUCUCCCUCUCUAAUUGAAAAUAUCCUUCAAACGAAUUUAAUGGGUACGAUAUGGGGAUGUAAAGUUAUUGGGAAAGAUAUGUUGAGCCGGAGGGAAGGCGGAAGAGGCAGCGCCGCAUACGCAGCCAGUAAAGCCGGUGUUCUCGGGCUCACCCGCGCUCUAGCAGCCGAAAUGGGUUCUGCAGGUAUAAGAGUCAAUGCGAUUGUGCCUGGGUAUGUUGAGACGGAUAUGACGAGGGUCAGUUGA